AGGGGAAUCCAGAAUAAAUGGCUACUCUCAUUGUACUGCUGCUAUGGAAAAUGGAACACCAGUGGCUAAUGGGACAUGGUUUGAUAAAGAACAUCAAGUAAAGAUGUUCCAAUAAAUGUGAAAUCAAUGGAAGAUCCUUGCUGUUUGAAAAUCUUUUUGAGAUUAUCCUGACAGGCUUCCCUGGAAACCUGAGGAAAUAUUCCUUCUUCAGUUGUCUUAUUUUUCACAGGUGGAUACAAAUACUAUUACUUCCUUGUCAACUCCACACCUCAUGUGGGACCAUGGUCCCUCCAAGAUCCAUGUGGCUGAACUGUGCAUGGAAAGCAGGGAUGGCACAUCUUGUACUGCGGGGAUUGGACGCCACACUGGCCCUGUGCAUCUUUGGAUGUUUGCUUCACGCCUCUGCUGUCUCCUCACAAAAGCUGGAUGAUGCCGACCCACUGGUGACGACCAACUUUGGCAAAAUAAGAGGGGUUAAGAAGGAACUUAAUAAUGAAAUUCUGGGGCCUGUGAUUCAGUUUCUUGGGGUUCCAUAUGCAGCCCCACCCACAGGGGAACGCCGUUUUCAGCCUCCUGAGCCCCCAUCCUCUUGGUCAGACACCAGAAAUGCCACUCAAUUUGCUCCUGUUUGUCCACAGAACAUUAUCGAUGGCAGGUUGCCAGAAGUCAUGCUCCCUGUUUGGUUUACUAAUAAUUUGGAUGUAGUUUCUUCCUACGUACAAGAUCAGAGUGAAGACUGCCUCUAUUUAAAUAUCUAUGUCCCAACAGAGGAUGUAAAAAGAAUAUCCAAGGAAUGUACAAGAAAACCCGGCAAGAAAAUUUGUAGAAAAGGAGCUGAUCAUAGAAUUAUGGAUGGAGAACUGGAGCCUGACAGUUGCUCCGGGGGUGGGGAACCUGGGACCUCGAGGCCACGUGUGGCCCUCUACUUCCUCAACUGUGGCCCAUUGACUGAAUCCAAACUUCACUGA